GUGAGAUAGGCAGAGAGAGCAGCAUCUCUUGAGCGCAUUCAGCUCGCAGCAGCUCAGGAAGCAGGAAGGCAGAGUAGAGGGGAGGAGAGCACCAGCACCUCACCGAAGGGGGCGACACCACACCUCUCUCUCUCUCUCUCUCUCUCUCUCUCUCAAACACACACUCUCACACGUCACAGAUUUGUGAGGAGGCGUGAGGUACAGGAGGAGGACCACCACAGACACGCGCGUUGUUUAGCUGGCUUAGCUGUGCUUUGGAGAGCUGUCUCUUGAAGACUGGACCAGAGCUGUAUCCAUCGCUUCAUCCAUCCUUUCUUUCCUUCCUGCUUUCCAUUCCUCCAACACAGAAGCAGCUCAUGGCCACCUACCCCCUCGAACAUUUGGACUGAUUUGCUCUCUGUCAUUCAUCUAACCUCUGGUCUCUCUGUAACCAUCCCUGCCUGUCUCUGCUUUUAUUCCAUUCACAGCCAAGACAUCAAGAGACACACUUAAAGAAGAACUAACCGACCGAGCUUUCGACCGCAAUCAUGAACUUCCUCCGACGCCGUCUCUCGGACAGCAGCUUCAUGUCCAACCUUCCCAACGGCUACAUGACAGACCUCCAGAGGCCUGACCCCCCUGCUCCUGUUCCUCCCACCGCCUCCUCUCCAUCCCAGCAGGGUGCAGCCCCGGCCACGGCGCCUGCUCCUGCCCAGUCCCCAACCAAAGCUCCAGCACUGUCCCAGGCGCCAGCCAGCUCCCCCGCACCUCAGGAGCGGCGAAUGAGCCAGCAGGCUCAGCAGCCUCAACAGGCCCAGUCCUCCUCCUCCUCCGGUGGCUCCUCUGGUUUCUUCAGCUCCUUCAGCUCCAUCACCAACGCCGUCAAACAGACGGCUGCGUCUGCCGCCGGGUUUGUGGAGCAGUCAGCUCCCUCUCCCUCCCUCUCCAAGAAGUUCAAGAUCCUGUUGAUCAUCGAUGAGCCCCAGCAUGAGUGGGCCAAAGUGUUUCGGGGAAAGAAGGUCCUUGGGGACUACGACAUCAAAGUGGAGCAGGCUGAGUUCUCAGAGGUCAACCUCGUCUCACAUUCAAAUGGCACCUGUAAUGUGGACAUGCAGGUCAUCAGGGGCGGGACCAAAGUGAUCAGGUCUUUCAGGCCCGACUUCGUCUUGGUGCGCCAGCACGCCUUCAGCAUGGCCCAGAAUGAGGACUUUAGGAACUUGAUCAUUGGUCUCCAGUAUGCAGGCAUCCCCUCAGUCAACUCUCUGGACUCCAUCUACAACCUCUGCGACAAACCUUGGGCUUUUUCCCAGCUGAUUAAUAAUCAGAAGAGGCUUGGUUCAGAUAAAUUCCCUCUCAUUGAUCAGACUUUCUACCCCAACUACAGAGACAUGAUUACAACACCAAGUUUCCCAGUAGUGGUGAAGAUCGGACACGCCCACGCUGGAAUGGGAAAAGUUAAAGUGGACAAUGUGAGUGACUUCCAGGACAUUGCAAGUGUUGUGGCCAUCACUCAGACCUACUGCACUACAGAGCCAUUUAUAGACGCCAAAUACGACAUCAGGGUCCAGAAAAUCGGCGCCGACUACAAAGCAUACAUGCGAACAUCCAUCUCUGGUAAUUGGAAGAGCAACACCGGAUCUGCCAUGUUGGAACAAGUAGCCAUGACUGACAAGUAUAAGCUAUGGGUUGAUACUUGUGCAGAGAUCUUCGGGGGACUGGAUAUCUGUGCUGUCAAAGCCAUCUGUGGCAAGGAUGGUAAUGACUACAUCACUGAGGUUGUGGGUUCAUCUAUGCAGUUGAUUGGUGAUCACCAGGCAGAGGACCGUCAGCUCAUCUCAGAGGUGGUGUUGGCUAAGAUGAACCAAGCACUGCUUGCCAGGUCAUCUAGUGCUUCCCGUUCACCUGCUCGCUCCCCUCAAGGCCAGAAGCCAACUACUGUGCAGCCCCAACAGAGUGCUGCCCUUAAGGAAGGACUGGCAGAUCCAAACAGGACCUCGGGCCAGCGCCCUCAACCUCAAGGUGCACCAGUCAAAUCACAGAGUGUAGAGCCAUCACCAGAGUCAGCUAAAAGAGCAUCUGAACCAGUACCAAAGCCCAGCCAGGCCCAGAAACCUGGUCCAGGUCCAGCUCAGAAACCAGCUCAGGCUCAGAAGCCAAGCCCAGUCCAGAGGGCCACCUCAGUCACGAAGCCUCCAGUGCCGAGGCCUCCCCCAAUGACGAGAGCCCCAUCCGUCACAAAGUCAGCUCCAGCCCCAGCCAAAGCUUCACCAUCAUCCCCAGCUAAAGCAGCAGCACCCGCAGCAGCUCCAAGCUCUCCCCCAACCAAAGCAGCAGCAGCAGCACAUGUUAAAUCCCAGUCUCUGACCAAUGCCUUCAACGCCUUCAGCGACUCCACUUUCUUCCGCGGGGUCUCGAGCUCCGGAGGUGACGGCCAAGAAGAGGCAAAGGCAGAGACCAUUCGCAACCUCCGAAAGUCCUUCGCCAGCCUUUUUUCUGACUAGACACAGCCAAACCUUAGUCAGCCCCUUGAUUGAUUCUGGCCUCCCCAUUUUACUAUCGGCCAGUGAUGACUUGAUUGACAUUAAAUGUGAACCAGUCUGAGAUUAAACUUUGUGUGUUAACUGUACUGUAUUCCCUCCGUCCCAGACCCUCUUUUCCUCCCUUUUCAGCUUCUCUGUGUGAGUAACAGUGAGGCCUGCUGGGUAGGAUAUUCAGUGAAUGAUGCUGUGCCAGAGUAAUUGGACUGAAGGAGUUACGUCAUUGAUAUAGAACAGAAUAAACUAGAAGAAUAUAAAACAAAAUGUUUAUUUUUCCCAGAGCACACUUUAAGGAAGACUUUCUGAAGUAUAUGAAAAGUAUAAAAGUCAAGACUACAGAUGGAAUGUACAUACAGUAUAUAUAUUUAUA